GAAGAUUUAUAAACGAGAUAUUCCGGUUAAGUUUAAGCGGGAAUACUAAUCAAUUUUUAGUGCUCUUUUAAAAUCUAAACAGAGCCAAAGCAACAAAAACUCCAUAAAAGAAAUAAAAAAAAUUCUUUUCUCACCAAUUUAUCUAUCAUCCAAAAAAACCAAAAAAAUCAAAGAUGCAAUCCAAAAUAAAUUCCUUCUUCAAGCCUUCUUCUAUUUCAAUUGAGCCCUCAAAUUCACCUCCAGUUUUCAGCGAUGACGAAAACGAUGAAUUAGCCACCUGGGAAAAGAGUCAGCACACCAUUGUUAACACCUAUACGCGCAGACCUUCAAAAAUUCAAGGGAAUGAGUCGAAAAAAGAAUCAAGCAAUGAAAAGUUCGAAAACCCCAUUUCAGAGAACGGCUUUUCAAAGAAAAAAUGCGGUUCCAAUGCCAGAAAUCUAAAUAAGAAGAGAAGUUAUGCACAGUUUCAUUUGGAGUUAGGUCAAUCUGAUUUUCUUCUCCAUGGGUGUUCGACUUGUGGGGUCAAGUAUUCUCCUGGAGAUGAAGCUGAUGAAAAGAACCAUUCCAUUUUUCACAAGAACUUCACUCUUGGUAUUCAAUUCAAGGGAUGGAGAAAUGAGAGAGUUGUUCAUAUGCCCAAAGUUGAAGGAGGUCGUGUCAUUUUGGUGUUGGAUUCUGAUCCUGUAGCUCAAAGGAAUAAGGUGCAAGAGGUUGUGAAGAUGAUGGAGAUUGAGCUUGGUGGAGGCUGGAUUUUUCACAAGCUUUGUAAGUUAUACCUGUUUGUUUCCUCUCAACGAAUUUCUGGAUGCCUAGUUGCAGAACCAAUAAAGGAAGCAUUCAGAGUUCUCUCAUGCUCCGUAGGUGAAAAGCAUGGUGGUGCCCCAGCAAAGCAAAAAAGGUUGAACUCAAGCAAACUUCAGUUUGGGGAAAUUGUUUUACAGAGGGAAGUCAUUAAAAGAGCUCCUUCUGAGGUGUUAAAUGAAAAUCACAAUGGAGCAAUUGUCUGUGGAGAAGAAGCAAUACCUGCUGUUUGUGGCAUUAGAGCAAUCUGGGUCGCUCCUUCCAACAGGAGAAAAGGCAUUGCUACUCAAUUAUUGGAAGCAGUGAGGAAAAGUUUCUGUAUGGGCUUUGUUAUUGAAAAAUCUCAGUUGGCAUUUUCUCAGCCAAGUUCAGAUGGACAGGCAUUGGCAUCCCACUACAUAGGCACCGGAUCUUUCUUGGUGUAUAAAACAACCAAUUGGUGCUGUGCUAGAUAAUUAAUAGCCAAAUUCAUUGUUUUCUUUCUUUAUUUCUUAUCUGUUGGAAGAUGUUCAGAAACAUGUAUAUACAUGGUCUGUAGCAUGCCACUUGAAUGACUUUUAUUAUUUCAUAUACUGUUCACAAGAAAGGGUAAGGUACCAACUCAAAUCGUAUUUCCAAGAGUCGAUGCAACGGCAAAAGACAAUGUUCAUGAAUCUUGAAUAUCCUCAACAGUCAAAAAAAAAAAA